UUUCCAAUCUGUGUAAGCGUUGAACAGGCCUGUUGAAUACACCUUUCUGUGCUUUCACGGUAGCCGUUCGCACGAGUCCGUCCUUACCAGGAUAAACCUUUUCCACCCUGGCCAUUGGCCACUUGGUACGCGAUACAUUAUCAUCUGAGACCAAUACGAUAUCACCUUCUCGAAUGGAGGGGUUUUCCUCUCGCCAUUUACUUCUCACGGACAGAAGGUGCAGAUAUUCUCGUUGCCAACGUUUCCAAUAGUGGUUGAGUAGUCUCUGUAGGUAAAGAUACCUUUCGACAGUUCUUUUACUAGACUCCUCCAAGCUUUCUUCUUUACUCUCAGGUAACUGGUUAAUCGGUCUACCAAUUGCAAGAUGAGCAGGUGUAACCGGCAAAGGGUCUCUGCAAUCGUCGCUCACUGCCGUUAAUGGUCGCGAGUUGAUGAUGCCUUCAAUUCGAAUUAAUAAUGUGUUCAACUCAGAAAAGGUGAGAAGUGCCUUUCCAAGCACUUUACGCAAUGAUUCUUUGAUUGCUCUAAAAAAUCGUUCCCACCAUCCGCCUCGCCAUGGUGAACGCUCGGUGAUGAAUUUCCACGUAAUCCCUUUCGACGAGAGCUCAGAAUUAAUUCGAUUUCGAUCCAAUGUAUCCCACACCGUUCGACUUUGAGUACUAGGAUCAUACAAUUUCUGGAUUUCCUUGCUUGCAGCCUUAAAGGUUUUUGCGUUGUCGGACCACACUGUAUGGCAAAGACCUCUGCGGCUUGUCAUGCGACUAAAGGCUUGUAGGAACUCAUCAGUGGUAAGGCUAUGUGUUAGUUCCAAGUGAAUCAUACGAGAUGAUGCGCAUGUAAAUAGACAAACGUACACUUUCUGUACGGUUGAACCUUCUUUUACAUAGAGAGGUCCUGCGAAGUCAGUUCCAACAUGCGCAAAAGCUGGUGAACAUGAAACUCUCUCCUCCGGCAAUGGGCCCAUUUUCUGCGCGCAAGGUCCAACUCGCUGUUUUUGGCAAGCCACGCAUCUUCUGAUAACACGUUUGACUUCUCGUCUCCCUUGGGUCAGCCAAAUUUUCUGUCUUAAGGUUGACAGUAUGCUUUCUGGGCCCGCAUGUAACAUGAUCUUGUGUAGGUCUAGUACUAUCUUUGCGACUUCGGGAUGUCCGUGAGGCAAUAUUACUUGAUGCUUGGUCUGUUCAAGUAGAUCAGCAAACUGCAGUCGGCCACCAACUCUUAUAACCUGAUCCUCUCUGUCAUAAUACGGGUCUAGUUUGAGAAGGCGACUGUUCUUGGGAAGAGUUUGUCCGGACUUUAGCAACUGGUAAUCUUCUUUAUAGACCUCUUCCUGUACCCACUUACAACACUUAAGCUCUGCCUUCCUCACUUCUUCUGCCGACAGUUCACUUUCAGAAGACUUACAUUUAGUCUUGAACAACUUGACUGCUCUCAGUACAUAAGCGGUUACUCGAAUCAACUUUAACCAUGUCCCGUAACGCGACAUAUCAAUUAACGGCUCUCUAACGACUGCUGUACAACCAUGAGCAAUUUUCCUUUCCUCUUCGCAUACUUCAGAGGGAACAGUACCACCUUGGGGCUGAACGGGUAAAGGUUUGUCACUCGAAGACAGCCACCGAGGUCCAUUCCACCAUAAGGUAUUGGCAAUCAUAUCAUCACAGCUCAACCCACGCGUCAACAAAUCUGCAGGAUUCUCCUUACUAGCACAGUACCUCCAACACUCAGGAUCCCACGUAGACUGUAUUUCUGCCACUCGAUUCGCCACAAAUGGUUUCCAACGAGAACUCUGACCUUUUACCCAAUGCAGUGCCACCAUACUAUCAGUCCAACACACAACACUACUCACUUACAUAGGCAAAGUGUCUACAACAAACUUCAACAACCUGGCAUUUACAACUGCUGCUAAAAGUUCCAGUCUGGGUAGUGACACUUUCUUUAUAGGUGCAACUCGGGACUUUGAUAUUACCAGCUGCGAGGAUACAUGACCUUGCUUGUCUGCUAUUCUGAUGUACACUGCUGCUCCGUACGCUUUAGGAGAGGCAUCUCCAAAACCAUGUAGCUCUAUCUUAGAAUCUUGCGUGAUGCCAUUUCCGAAGCAUCGGGGUAUGGUCACACCUUUCAGUUGCAACAACUCUGACUUCCAAUGUAGCCACUUUGCUUUAAUUUCACUGUCCAAAGGGUCAUCCCACAAUAAUCCUUUCAACCACAGUUCUUGGAAGAGGAUUUUGGCUCUGACAGUGAAGGGAGAUAUCAACCCUAAAGGGUCAAACAUUUUCGAUGCUAGACGAAGCAGGCUUCUCUUUGUCAUUGGAUCCGGAGAUAAGACAAUUCCACCCGGUGCAAGAAAUCGGAAGUGAUCAGAGGUCAAAUCCCAUUAGACUCCAAGCGCUUUAAGGGGUUCACUCGACUCAAACUCCACCAGUGACGAUGAGGCUCUUUUGGCUGGGGCAAUAGCAUCCAUUACGAGCUGUGAGUUACUUGCCCACUUUGUCAAGUUAAAUGCCGCUUUCAUCAUGAUCUCUGACAUGUCUUGUUGAAGUUUCACAGUCGAGUCCACCGUAUCGGCUCCUGUUAGGACGUCAUCCACAUACAUGUUUUGUAGAAUUUCUUGGACUGCAUUUGGGAACAGUUCUGCGUAUUUUUUUGCAUGAGCAUGGACCGUCGAAAUAGCAAGGAAUGGACUGGAGUUCACACCAAAUGUCAGUCUUUGCAUUCUAUAAACUUUGGGUGUUUCGUUAAAUUGUAAAUCUCUCCACAGGUACCGGUGAACGUCUCUAUCCUCUGGCGCUAGCUUGACCUGAAGAAACAUCUUUUCAAUAUCUGCUAUGAGACCAAUUCUGUUUGUUCGAAAUCGAAUGAGUACAGAUGCAAGGUUGGGCUGUAAGGCAGGACCGGGAAGGACACAAUCGUUGAGAGAAACACCAUCUCCUUCUCGCGCGGAAGCAUCAAACACGAUUCUGCACUUAGUCGUCGUUUUGUCAUCACGGAACACAGCAUGAUGCGGCAGGUAGCGUACAGUUCUAUCUUCAUCAUUCUCGUUAGGCACUACCUCUGCAAAUCCUUUCUCUACAUAUUCAUUGAUUGCAGAAUUGUAAGCUUUAGCUUUCACAGGGUCAUGUCUUAACCUUCUUUCGAUGCUUUCCAGACGUCUAACAGCUUGCAUGUAGUUACUUUCCAGUUUAGGAGGGUCACUUUUCCACGGUAGUCGUACUUCAUAGUUCUUCCCGUCAAAUUUCAAUCCUAUAUUGAAGUCAGCAACAGCAACUUCCUCCUCCCGGGAAAUAACAGUGUUUUCAGUCUCAGCGAUGCCAAUAGAUUCCAGUUCCCAGAAUCUUUUCAAGCUUUUAGUGAGUCCACUGUUUUCUACAACGGUAAGCAUGGAUGUGGUAUACCUUGAGUAAAGGUUUACUUGUCCGGUAAGAAUCCACCCGAGAUGAGAUUCAACAGCAACAAGUGACUCAGAUGAACUACCUUUCUUGUACAACCCAGUUACGAACGAGUAGUAAAAGUCUGCACCAAUAAGGACGUCUACUUGGACGGAAUCGCGAGGGUAGGAAUCUGCGAGAUUAAAACCUUGAAGAUGAGAGUUCUUACGAAAGUCUAACUGCACUGGCCCGAGGGAGUUACAAAUCUUGGGAAUAGCAAGGGCCUCCAUCUCCACCUUGGAAUCUCCUUUCAUUGGCGAAAGUGCAAAUUUAACUCUCUGUAAUCUCUUGGUUUCACUAGUUGUUCCACCGAGCAUUGUAACACUUAAUAACUCUGAGGGACCUUGCAAGCCAAGGGACUCUGCAAUGCUCUUGCGCACAUAUGAACGUUGACUACCAGAGUCUAGCAAAACACGGACUGUCAUUUCUUGACCAUUAACAGUUAACCUCGCCAACGCUGUCUGUAGCAGUGUUUCCUUCAAGGGCAAUGCAGGUUUAGCUGAAGCUAACCCACUUAAACUGAUGUUGGAAGGCUGCUGGGGUGUAGCCACUAACUGCUGACCAUGUAACAAUUUGUGAUGACGGCGGCCACAAUUUGCCACAGAACACUUUGGUUGGCGACAAAUCUUGGAAAAGUGCUUGUGGUUGCUAGGCUUUAAACAAUUGAAACACAGUUUAUUCUCUUGAACUAGCUUCCACCUGUCAUCUAAUGACUUGUCAUUGAAAACUGGGCAAUUUGGCGACUCGUGACCUGCCUUACAGAAAUUGCAGCUUGGACCAGUUAGCUCACGUGCCUCACCAAGUAAUGCAGAGGCUGUAUACGCUCCAUCCUCACCAAUUCGAGGAAGUGACGACUUUCUUCUGUUAUCUCUACCCUUAUUGCUUUGGGUAUUGUUCACAUUACAACCUCUCUCUCCUGCUUCUUUGGAUACAACUUGGCGGUUCAGAAAUUUGAAAAACAGCUCAAGAUCUAUUUUAUCCUCUUGAGUGUCUGCAAGCUCUAACUCCCAUUUUUCUAGUAACUGAGGUGGCAACUUGGUCUCAAAGAUGGGUAACAAAAUACAACCAUGACUCGCUGGAUCUUCACCAAACGCUUCUAAGGCUCUGGUUCUAUUCAUAAAUGUGUCAUAAAGAUCUCUAAGGGCGGAUGCACUGACCGCCGACUUAGCAUCCAUCUGGAUGACAGAUUUCACAAGGGAUGAGAUUAUCAUACGUUUUCUUCCAUACCUGUGUUGGAGGCAAUGGACCGCUGCUUGAUAAUUUGCUCCAGUUACUUCAAAUCCUUCUGUUGUUUGCAAAGCAUUACCAGUAAGCACUGAGCGUAGGUAAGUAAACUUCUGUACCUUGGGUAAGUCAUCAUUGUUAUGCACUGCGGCUUCAAACUGGUCCUAGAAGUUUUGAAAUUUCAACACAUCCCCAUUAAACUUUGGCAGUUCAAUCCUGGGCAAUUUAAGACUUGACGAUUGACGACUGUCAGUAUGUGUAUUUUCUUUUGAAGACUGAUGAUCCUCCACUUUGGAAUCCUUUUGGAGGUAUUCAUGAGCAACAUCGAUAGCUUUAUCCACCACACGUAAAAGAUCUCCCCAUUUGCGAAGUUCUUCUUCUAUCAUAUCCUCCGCGAUCAGCGCGACUAUUUCAUUUCUCAGCUGAAGAUAUUUCUCUCUAUGCACGGUAAGUCUUUCAAUUCUCAGCUUUACUUUCACUUUGUUACUUGUACUUUGACUAAGCUCCGAAAUUUCCCGAAUCAGCCCGUCCAUAUCCAUUUGCAAGGCUUUGGCUUUGCGUCUGAUCGAGUUAAUUUCUUGAAUUUCUACUUCACUCGAAGACUCCGCUGACUCAGCAAGAUUCAUUUCUUCCUUCGACUCUGGUUUGACAACAUUUGACUUUGAAUCGUCUACCAACCUUUCAAUCAAGACCUUCUUUUUUCCAGUAGUUGGUAAUCCCUUUUCUUGAAGCAGCUUUCGCAGCUGAUCGACUGUAAGUUGCGAUAAAUCAUCAUUUUCGGUCUUUGGACUGGCGGCCAUCUUAUCACCCACGUGGUGAUGACCUUGCGAAGAAUUACAAAUUUACUGUUCAACUGUCACCUUGUAUCCGGCUGUGAAGGACCAUGUUAAGGAAGCGAUGGAAUACAAACUUGAACGCUUGAACACAACUUUAAUCCGCUCGAUUUAUAAUACACCGAUUUACAACAGGUUGAUGUACUGCCCGGGAACCCGACUUACAACAAAUCUACGAGCGACUAGCAAGGAAGUCACGUGACGUGUUAUCUACAUAAUUUAUUCUACUCUCACAGGUCCAGUCUCACGGGGCUUUUAAUGACCCGAGUACGAGUACGACGAUGGGCCGUAACACCGCCUUUUAUGGAGCGAGUCCUGCUUGUUAAAUCAAAUAUGCUCUCAAUUGUUAGACUCAUAAACAAACUUUUAACACGUCAAAAACUUAUUUCUAAGGUUUUGAAGGGUUUAGAACUAAAACACUGCCCCCUUUUUAACCAAUGUUUUUUGAAGACAAUGAGCUGAAGUGAAAGUAAUUGAAUGAAAGUACUCACGUUUUCCUCACGACCUCAAACAGCUUGCUUUCACGUCGUGAACGGCAAGAGGACGGCAGUCGUAAACCGGAAAUUACGUAAAUAUACUGACGAAUCAAGUUGUCACGCUGGUCACACAAUGAGAUUUUGCCGUCGUCUCCCCUCAACCGUUCUGUUGCGUAAGGUCCCUAUUAUUUAAAAGGGGCUGAUAAAAGUAAUUCAAUUGUAUUUAUAUAACAUACUUCAUGGAAACUGCGCACGUACGGCAUUUACGUACGACUUAUUAGUCGAGCUAGUUUUAGCAGAGCCUGACUCUAAAAAUGCGGGCGUUUCUUUGUGUGUGUGUGUGUGUGCGCCCGCCCAAUGGUAGGCCAUGCUCCCAGGCGUUCCUAGCGAAGACCGUGGAAAAUGGGAAUAAGAAUCGUGACAACUUUCAUUGUAUGCGAAUGAGUCUCGUGAUGAGCAUGCAGUUUAUUUUCGGCGAUGACUGAAAUGACGUAUAAGUUGGUUUGGCAUUGAUGUAUUUUCUCCGAUUUUCGUGUAAUUAUGCACUCGUAUUAAAAAGUAACUACCCUGAAGGAUACUCGACCAUCGAUAAAGUAGGAUGAGAAAAUAUCGUAGCGGGGAAAUCCUGUUUUGUGGUGUAUCGAGGCGUUACGUUUCUCAGAAUACGUAUUGUCGCAAUUACUGGAAAUCUACGGUUAAGUAGAUUUACUUUGUCGUAUGUAUUUAAUUGAAAGAUUUUCGCAGUUGUUAAGAUGUGAAGUCGCGUUGCCCUUUAUAAAUACUUGAGACACCGUAAAAUCCCGAAAAUAAGCCCCGGGGCUUAUAUUUUUCAAAGGCCCUUUUUGAGGGGCUUAUUUUUGGAGGGGCUUAUCUACGGAGGGAAAUUUGUGUUUCAAAAUCGAUUGGGCUAGCCAUAUAGUUGGAAGUAAAUUUACCGUUUUUGCUUUGUUUUACUUUGUAUCUGAGGGCAAUUUUCCAAAUACAAGCCUCCGGGGGCUUAUAUUUGGAGGAGCGAUUUAAUGGAGGGUUUCUUGCGUUACCGGUUUGGGGGGCUUAUAUUUGGAGGGGCUUAUUUUCGGAAUUUUACGGUAGCCAUUAACCUUCAACUACUACUGGAAGCAACUUCAACUACCCGUCUGACGUUACGCAUGCGUCAUGGAUGGGCUUAUACGCGAAGCUUUGUACUUGACUGUCACGUUCUCUACUUGCAGCACUUCAUUUCCAUAGAAUAGAAAUCCUAUGUCGAGCUUUUCCGGAACGGGUCGGUCCUCGAAUUCUAUCGCUUGAAAGCGUUGAUUACUGUGGAACAAAUUUCGAUUUCUUGACAAGUUGGCUCCAUAAGUCACGGAACCGUGAACAGCCGCAUGCAUAUGGCCGAUAUGAAGUGUUCUGCGUUUUGAGAGCCGUGAAGCUUGACGAUAAAGCCUCCAGAAUAAAUGUACGGGGUCUUUUAACUUUUCGAGUUUGAACUGAAGUGUUGAUAGGCUAAAUACGACUCAUAAGCUUGAGAUAGUGUGAAAAACGACCUUGGACUUGGAGUUAGCUUGAACUACAGAGGUUUCCUUUUUCUUUCUUUCGCUUAGGUUAUGCAGUAUAUGGAGUAUUUUAAACUCUAACUGAGCGAUCUUACUUUUGCUGGUCUGAGUCUAACAUUUAGAGGUCAUGAAGCUGGUCUGUUUCAUGCAUAUUGAGUAAUUAUUUCCUGUGGUCUGGAGUGCCAUUUCCUACAUUUUCUCCGUUUGCAAUUACUCUUGUUUUAGCUUGAUAGUCUAUGCGACUGUACUAGUUGUGCAUUUUUUGUUACAAGUGCCUAAAGCGAGACUGCAGUUUCGGAAUGAAAAGGUUCUCGUCAGUUGCUACUAUGGUAUAAGUGUUCACUUUGUGAAGGGAGGCUAACUCCAAGGUCACUUUUCACACAGCAAUUCUUGAUUAGUCUCUUUACAGCUGAUUUCAUUGCUAUGUAUACACCCGGAUUUUCAGACAUGAUUCGACGGUCAUGAUUCGACCUGUCACGAUUCGACACUAAUCACGUGACGUAUCGCUUCGCAGUACGUAAACGGUUGCAGUUCUGCCGUGGGAUCCGAAACAGUGAGAGAAAAAUCUGGCCGGCAAGGAAAGCUUAGCACUAAAGGACAUAAGUGUAACGAAGCUAGAAUCCCGACAAAUGCGUUUUACCUGGAGAGGAAAGCUUUGUUGCCUGGAAAGCAGCGACAUGAUACAGAAAUUAUGAGAACAUGUGAUCAGGUGAUAAACCUGGAGUUCGAUUGCCGAGUUCGAAUGUAUUUCUGUAGGAGAUUUCAUAAUGGACGAAAUAUUAUCAAUACGGCGAAAAGCGAAAUAGUCCGAUGGUUUAUCGUUUAGUCUUCUUCCGUUUCACAAGGUUUCGGUAUUUUGCCGUUGGCGAAUACCACUCGCAAUUUGCAUGUAACAGUGAUGCAAAUUUAGUUAACAGGGAGGCAAAUUUGUAUUUCUUCAAGUUGGUACUUUUUCGUCCUUACUUAGCUUCUGCAGGGUUAAAAAAUAACAGGAAAACUUGACGUUUUGCAGAAGAAAUCAACAGAUAAAUUGAUCAGUCUGCCGAUGUGAAAUAAUUUGCUGGAGAGUUUAAAGUUUUGUUUUGUCGACCAUUGACAAAUAUCAGAAUGUUCGAUCCUCGACCUAUGACCCUAGUGAGCACAAACAAAGAAAACCAUACAUAAAAGAAAGCAACAUCUGUUUUUAUUGAAAAAGGGUAAAAUAUGAAAUUUCUUUAAAGAUCAAGGUAGAAGCCCAAAGAAAGUUGAGAAAAGAGCCGAAAAACUUACUGAUCGAGACGUCCACACGCCUGAUUACAUGUAUUGCGAUUAGAUUGCGUGACUUGUAUGAGAGGCUGUUGUCUGAAAAGGAGAACAAAUUAUGGAUCACAGUCCGCUUUUUCUGAAUUACAAGAGAAACAUUCAAGCUGUCAUUAAAGUAACAAGGUAAAAUACUGUACUGCUUGGUAACCUCUCGGUCGAAUCAUGACCGUCGAAUCAUGUCUAAAAAUCAGGGUGUGUACACAGCACUGAAAUCAGCUGUAACCUGUCAACACUAUUUCAAACCAGAUGUUUUCCUUAACGCGUUCAGCCAAUGAUAAAAGGUUUUCUAUUUCGGAGAGGUAGUAGCCAACCAGAAAAUACCUACCAUAUUCGCAAAGGUAGGUGACGUUACCGGACGGCAUUAUAACUUAAAAUUUGCAUUUGCGGCAUAUUUUUUUGUACAUUUCUUUGCCGUUGUUUUGCACGACUAAUACGUGAAACUUGCUAGUUACACAUUUGGUGUCAGUAAAAGGCGGGGUCGGGGCCGGGGUCUAUGUUAAUUUUAAAGACUGCUGUUUUAGGGUUAGGAACAACGUUGCAACCAUUCGAAACAGUGUCGCAACAAUGUUGUGAUGCUUUCUUACGCUUAAAAUCAUCGUUGCGAAUCGUCUCGUGUAACGUAACCUUUAGCAUUACACGAUUAUAUUUUUUUUGUUUAUAAGUAUAUUAACGAGAGCUUCGCUUUUAGCCCUGGCCAAAUCUAUAUAUUACAAAUAAGCUAUCUGUUAAUGGCGUUUUUCCUGAUAGCUUCAAUAAUGCUUUUAGUGACAAGCCACGUGCAUUCUUAUAACACUAGAAGAUCGGGGCUUUUUUAUUAACCCCAUUGCACAGCUAGUAUAAGAAAGUUCUCUAUCUGUUUCCAAGGUCCUAAAUUUUUCAACUUUCCUAAUCCUACUCCAACUGCUAAUCAUAAUCAUAAUCAUAGUACGUAAUAAUCAUAAUGUAACUUCAGAUUUUACUUCCGCUUUCUAAUUCAUUUUGACUUCCAUUUUUUUGCACUUUAGUUCCCCUAGAUAUUCUCACUCGAGGUCCUUCAGCUUUUAAAGCUUAUACAGAGGCCCUGGCCCAUGGAGAAACAUCUUUAAGGAGGAUGUCAUUAAUGCUGAUUGGACAAGGCGGUGCAGGAAAGACAAGCACAAUGAAGUCUUUAAAAGGGAUUUGUUUUGACCCUAACGAGGACAGCACUAUUGGAAUAGAUGUGGAUCCGUCCCAUUUCAAAGUGUCCAAUGAGACGUGGUGGACCGGAGUGCAAUAUCAAGACCAGAAUUGUGAUCCAGCCAUUUACCUUGACUUCUGUUUGGCAAGCUGUUUUGCGAAGCACUUGAAGACAGAAGGAAAAAACACUGAAGUGCCUUCGCAACUAAGAACCACUGAAGAAUCAAGAGAAGAAGACAUUAAGUCACCUUUAACUGUUCAAAACGAGGAAGCACCUACAGCUGAAAGGUUUCUCCCGGGCAAUUUUGUUGCCGAGAGGAAACAGAUGGUACAAGAAAGCUUUGGACUCUCUCAUUCAACUGUCCCCGAAGAGAUAGGAGCUCUAACUAAACGGUUCCUCCGAGGAGAAUUGAAUGACAACAAAGAAGACAUUUAUUUUACCUUUUGGGACUUUGCCGGGCAGUCAGUGUAUUAUGAAACUCAUCCGCUUUUUCUUACACCAAGAGCAAUCUUCUUCCUGGUUUAUGAUCUUCGCCUGAAUCCUGACGACGAAGCAAAACCCGUGUUAAAACAAGAAUUAUACGGAGAAAGAGAAGUAAGCUACAAUUUAAAAACAAAUUUCGAUUAUCUUGAUUUUUGGAUGAGGUCUGUGGCCUUGUUAUGCAGCAGUCAAGCGGAAGGUUCUAGACUAGAAGGGACGGUAUCAAUGAAGGCCCCCCCCGUUUUUCUAGUGUGCACCCAUGCUGAUAAACCUGGUCGUGGUGAUCCAAGGAAACUUGCCCUUGGGAUAUUUGGUCGUUUAAAGAGCAAGCCGUAUGGUGCGCAUUUAUUUGACGUUUUCUGGGUAGAUAACACAAGUCUAAGAGUCCAAGAUUCUGUCUGCCCAGAGGUUGCCCGUUUGCGACAGGAAAUAAUCGCUGUUGCCAAACAGCUCCCCUCCAUAGAUGAGAAUAUUCCCACCAACUGGUUAAAAUUCGAGAAGGCACUUAAAGCCAAAAGAGAAGAUGGACACAAACACAUUUCCCUGAAGUCCGCAAAAGAUAUUGCUAAGGAUGAAUGCAACAUUGUUGACGAGAAAGAGUUUGAGACCUUGAUGAACUAUCUUCAUGACAUAAGAAGUUUGAUUCAUUUCGAAGACACGAUACAGUUGAAUAAAUUGGUAGUCCUGGAUCCCCAGUGGCUUGGUGAUGUUUUUAAGAAAGUGAUAACUGUAAAACCGCAUGAUCCAAAGGAAAAAGAAUUCUGGCACUUGUGGUGUAAGCUUCAGUCGGAGGGAGUGCUGGAUGAAAUGCUUUUGGCUCAUGUGUGGGACCCUUUGUUUAAGGACAAAGAAACAUCAGAGAGUCUCAUUGGAAUCAUGGAGAGAUUUAGCUUGUUAUGCCCUUGGUCAGUCCAUGCCGCGAGCAAUAGUACGAAACAGUAUCUGGUCCCUUCAAUGUUGAAGGCGUAUCCAACGACUGAGAUUCUUGAGCUAGUGAAAUCUGCCAAUAUCCCUUCUCUGUUUGUCAAAUUUUUAAAUGGUGAGGUUCCUCCAGCUUUUUUCCCUCGGCUGGUCGUUCAGUUUAUCCAGUGGGGCAGAGGAACGUUUUGGUCAGAAGAAACUCCUCAGCUUUUUAUGGGCUUUUCAAGGUUUUAUACCUUGGACGACGCAUGCUCCGUAAUUUUUUUAUGCCACUCUUCAUCUGUUGAGGUCGUUGUUCAUGGAGGGAAUUCAGAAGACUUCCCCCCCAGCAACGGAGAGGUAAAUUGUGCUCUUCAGGUGUGUAGGCAACUAGGCUUGAUUCUUGAGUGCAUGAGAAAUGAGUUUCCCUGGCUGAGAGAUAUGAGAUAUGACAUGUGUGUCAUCUGUCCCGUCUGCUCCAAAGGGAGGGAAGUUGACUAUUGUCAAACGCAUGGUGCAAGAAAAUGCAAACAAGAACAAUGUCUUCACUUCUGGACUGUGUCUGAACUGUGCAGUGACUCAGGAAUCGUAUCCUGCAAGAGGUCUGUUAUUGCUCGAGUCGUUAAAGUGCCAGUCAUGCAGUUUUCCCCUUGGUUUCCUGCUCCACAAAAACAGGUAUCAAUUUAUGGUUUUAUUUUGUGGGGAGGGGUUUCUUGCAGAUUCCCUUCCUUAUCAAAUAUAUGUUAUAUACCAAACAUAAAAUGUAUUGUAAUAAAACUACUAAUUAAAAAUGUAAAAGAGCUGUCCAGGGUAAAGUAGCCCUCAUGACCUAAUGGCAUUUUAGGGAGUGAAAAUGACAAAAAUAAAUCGAAGUUCUACUCAGGGAUGCUUAAAUUGUUGUGAAAAUUCAGGGGCGUAGCGGGACCAUUUUGACAAGUACGCACCCAGGUCCAUAUGGUUUUAAAAACUUCUUACAAAAUAACGUUUUUGCUUUCCUUAAUACAUAAUUAUAUUGGCAGUUUACAGGCUUGUUUACAACGCCAUAUCAGAAAAGCUUUUAAAACGUUCUUCUUUGAGCUGGGACUGGAAUGUUUACCAACGCAAGGCGAAGCGCCUUUUUUGUUUAGAAAUUUGGAUGGUUUAAAGGAUUGGUUGGAAGAAUCGCGGCGUGUGCAUGUUUGUGUAAAUUUUCCGCAUGCACGUUUAGUGCUUUGCCGAUUUUUGAGUUUUUCCCUUGUUUCGAUCAUGAGCACGGGAAGGGACCAAACAAUUAUAGUCACCAUUUAUUUGUUUUCAGUUGUUCUGAAUAUCUCCAAUGUUUGUCAUUGAAAAAAUACUACAUCUGUUCGCUAGGAGUAAAUUUCCUGCCAAAUUCCUGUUGAUACGGCGCCACACGUGCACCUAAUAGUUUUCUUCAGCUUACGUGGAUUAUCGUCGGCAUGGUUUGGUCCAUGAUUUCACAGUUGAGCGACAUCAAGGUAGUCUUUGAUAGACUUUUUCGACAUUUAUGGAGAGAGCCAGAAAAUAAAAAAAAAACGAAUAGCUUUUGAAUGGGAAAACUUUCCAGAUACAUGUUGAAAGGAAUGAUAAUCAGUCAGCGUCGAUUUUUUUCCGUUUUUCAUGAAUAUACAAUGUAUUGUGGGAUCGCCUGAAGGCAAACAUUUCAAUAAUGUUUCAGUUUAUCACAUUCCACUACUCAAACUGUUGUAUUUUACGCGUGAAAACGAUGCUGAAUAACAGCGAGACAGAAAGGAACAAAUCUGCUCAAUGCAAAGGCAAGUCACAACGCUACAAAUGGCUUUUACUUAUAACAGGAAAUCUUUAAAAAAAAAUCCUACCAAUUUCUCAAGUACGCACGUGCGUAUUUGCCUAAAGGACGCUACUCCCCUGAGAAUUUAAGGUGGCUGAACGCAGUUUUGCGGGUGGUCUGUGAUAACUCGCGUGACGGCGCGUGUUUUAAAUUAGAAAAAACAAACAUGGUGGCGAAAAAAGCAAUGGUACAAAGAAGACAAUUUCUCAAAAUGUACUCAUUACAAUUAAUAAUUACAGUACAAUUAUAUUAUUUAUUAUCUAAAAACCCGUCUGUUAAAAUUUGAUUAAAUAAGUUUCAAAUGGUAAUGAUUAAUUAUAGUAAGCUGUGUGCAGGUUUAGAGGAAAAUCUAAUCGGGGAAUUUUUUGUCAACUGAGCAAAAGUGAAAUUUUAAGGUUGUAUUCAAUCGUUCAUGUUGCCAUGAAAACUACGAAAACGUCACAUUUUACCUGUCAGUGAAAAUCGUUCAUCUGUAUAUUUUUCACCUGCCAAGUUUCAGCUUGUGAGCAGCAACCUUUCUCUUGCCAUGAUUUGGCAAAUGACAUACACUCACAAACUGCCAAAACUGUGUUCAGCCACCUUAGGAAGACGUGCCUUUGAUAGUAACCUCACAUACCAAGAGGAUAUAAAAUGUCUAUAUGAAACGUUUCCCAACUAAUGUCAUAAGGAAACAGCGCCAGGAGCUUCUAUAGCUACAAAAGUUCAUGUCAGUGAGGGUGACUGCCCUGUCUCCAACUGACCUUUACCCUAGAGAGGGUAAGCAAUUGACCACUGGUUCCAUAAUUGACGGUUUUCGGAACUUCUAAUUAUUACACUUAAGUUACUAUGAGCCAAAGCACAAAUUCAAUAUCACGUUUUUCUGUAGCAGCAAACGUUGAAAGAAAGAGUAUUACUCAGAACGAAAUUACUACGCACUUACACGCCCAACGCAAAACUACAAAUUGAAACAUUAGAUAGUGUUGGUUAUCUCUUAACGAAGAAAUAUCAGUCUUUUACUGUUUAUGAUUUUCAGCCUGGAAUUGGUGCAUGUGACGUGGACCCGUUGAUAUUUGAAGGUAAGGAUAGUGAGUAAGUGAUGAAGAUAAGUUAACAAGUAACCCAAUCUGGCGUUUAACAAGUCACUCUUUUUAUAAUGGGUGAGUCACGAUGAUGAUGUUUUAUGUACAUAGUUUUAAACCGUGAGGUGCUGGGCAGUUUUAGUUAAGUAAACUAUCAGGAGUGUUGCAUCAAGUUUAAAACAUUAGCCACAAUGGAGUGUUUUAAGUCUGGUAACACAUAAUCUUUAAGUUUAAUGAACGUCUUAAAAAAAUGUCUUUUGUGGAUCCACUCAUUUUUUCGAAACAAUCCUUGGGUUUUCCAUUAUUCUUUCCCAGGAAUCGAUGGCUAAGACUCUUAAAGGCACUCAUUAAAUAUUAAUCUCGUGAGUUGUUGAUGAGUUUUAGUGGAUGUUGGGUGUGUGAAAAUAACUGCCUUGCUUAUAUCUUUGCGGAGGUCCACACAGACGUUUACACUUCCAUCGCCAGUCAUUGCUAUUACGAUUACGUUCACUCGUUGUAGACUGAUCAACUUUCUCUAUUGCGCCAUAGCUUUCACAACUAUCGGCCCUGACCUGGCAAGGUAGAUACCCAAAACAAAUGUCAAACCGUUACAACGGUUUGCAAGUUGUUGAGUGAAAUAAACGAAAGGAAGGUUACGGGCUGGAUAAAAUUCCCUGCACGUUAUGAAAACUGGCCAGUGGUAUUGUUGGGCCCUGACUAACCAGCAUUUUUAAGAGCUCUGUUGAAACAGGGUUUUUUCCCAAGCGAAUGGAAAGUGCCCAAAGUAACUCCUAUCCCCCUCCGGGGGCACUUGGGAAUUUUUUUGGGUGGGUAUGUGCCGCCCGGGACUCCAAAUUGGCAUCCCGUUCUAAAAGAAGUUUCCCCUAAAAUUGAUACCCCGUUCUAGAAAUGGGCCCAUUUUUUAUACCCCGUUCGAGAAUUCGCCCUAAAACUGAUACCCCGUUCUAGAAAUGGGCCAAUUUUUUAUACUCUGUUCUAGAAAGUUUGUAAAUUGAGUUAGCCCUGUUUUUUAAAAAGAUAUUUCUUUAUUUGUUCGACUUAUACAUCAAAUAAAUGCUUCCUCAUAAUCAGCAACAAUUUUAAGCAGAAGAUAAAGCUGUGAUCCACAAUUUUUUUUAUUUCCCAUCUUAUUAAAUUGUGUUAAAAGCUUUUAUAAAAAAAAUCAUGAAUAUCAAGUUACUAAACUGCAAUGUAGAUUCAAGCAAAUUACGUAUAUAUUAUAAUACGUUGUUUAUCGGAGUGAUCGUUAAAUGCUCCACUUUCUUGCUUGUAUCUUCGGUCUCAACAUCAGGCUGAACAAAGUGUUAUGUAACAGUUUCUUGUUUUGCCGUCAUAGACAACCAAUGCGAUUAUAUUCGAAAGGAGCCAAGUAAACGUCACUGGCAAUUAAGUAAACGUUCUGAUCAAGAAAAGUUUUAAUUAAUUAUUGAUGUAGUGGCAACUGAAACCUUAAUAUGACGCUCUCAAUGGCAAACUUAAACCGUAUUUUGAACCGUAUUUUUAAAAGCAAUCUGUCCUUGGAUAAUUUCAAAUGGCUGCUUACAAAACUAGAGCUUUCGUGCGUUCGAAAUAUUAUACCCCGUUCUAGAAAACACCCCAGAAAAGGAUACCCCGUUCUAAAUCAGGGGCUUCAAAAUCACGACCCCGUUGGGCGGCACAUACCCGUAUAGGUAAUGUAUGGGAAUACCCCCCCCCCACCCACCCCCGGGAUCGUCCUAAGAAGGCUUUCGACACCAUCGACCAUGAAAUUGUUUUGCGUAAGCUUGCAAACUACGGAGUUGACGAGCACUCUUUCUCUUGGUCUACCUCAUAUCUAAGUAACCGAAGUUAAAUUAAGGUGUAACAUUAAUGGUGCUUUGUCAAAUGCAAGCAAAGUCAGCUGUCGGGUGCCACAGGGAAGUAUAAUUGGGUCGCUACUUUUCCUAAUAUAUGUUAACGACCUGUCAAACUGCCAUACUAUAGCCAGCUGUAGAAAAAUGGUUGCAGAUGACACUGACAUAAGUAUCCCGGGCCGCACUCUUGGUGAUCUUCAACCAUUGAUAAACUCUGAACUUGCACAUCAUAAUUGCUGGUUGAGAGCCUAUAAGGUUAGCCUUAAUAUAGCGAAAACUGAAUUUAUGAUUAUUGGUUCUCGUCAGCGGCUACUUGCUGAGAGUAAUAAUGCAACCUGUGUCGAAUUAGAGAGCCAUCGAAUCGAGAGAGUGGAUCAUACUAAGUCGUUAGGCCUCACAAUUGAUGAUCGACUAUCUUGGACAAAUUAUAUUAAUGAAUUAUGCUAAAAGGUAUCCGCUGCAAUAGGUGCUCUGAAGCGAAUCAGGCCGUUUGUCUCUCAUUCAACAGCUAUACAAAUUUAUAACAUCCUUAUCCAGCCCCAUCUCGACUACUGUAGUCUCGUCUGGGAUGGGUUAAGCAACCAAUUAGCAAUAAAUUGCAAAACUGUGCAGCCUGGGUGAUCGCCAAAGCAAAUAAUAUUACAAGCUCUAGCAUCUCCUAGAAGGCAAAAGUAAAAGGCGGUUAUGAUGUUCAAGUCCCUGCACAAGCUAGCCCAGUGUACUUUGAGGACGUAUUCAUAAACUAAGUUCAUAUAUUGCGACCUAAGCUAUAGCGGUGCUCAAUAAUGGUAUUCUUUACCAGAAUAUGUUAGAAACAUCAAGUCAGUACAGCAAUUUAAAAAGGAGAUUAAUCGAGUGUUGUAAUAAUCAGUUUCCCACUCGGCAAUUUUGUAAAUCAGUUAAUACCGCACACUCUAGGUUGUCCAAACGUCAGUCAUUGUCAGCAAGUCCUAUACAGGACUACACUCACCAGGACGAUCAUGCUUCACCUACUUAUGAAAUGACUCCUGGGUGCAAAUCUUUUACAGUUUUAAACAUAAUAGCGUCGGAAAUUUCCCAGAUUACUAAGAGAUAGAGAGAAAAAAUAUAUAUAUUUCCCUUUGCGUCUCUUUUUAAGACACACGGAUGUGUGGCGACGGGGCUUAAUUGCCACUGUUUUGAUUCUAGGAAACCCAGAAGAAGGAUUAGCAACAAGAAGCAGUAUUUUUGAACAUCUUUCGUCCAAGUCUUGCGAUGCGAAACAGGUUGUAAGGCAACUGACGGAGACUCUUCAGUUGGACCAAGCCUCUCUGGAACAGCCAGACCCUGACACAAGGAAGAGGAUCCAGUCCUUGGUAAAAGAAGCUAGACGUUGUGACAGACUUGAUGUAGUCGAAUACUUAAGAAACAUUACACCCGCUGGAACUACUGGUGAGUGUGUCUCCGUUUUGCACAUAGUCUUGCAUAUAUAUAGGGUUUCAUAUAUAUAGUAUAUAUACAUAAACCUUUGUACCUACCUUUAAAAUUAUCCUACGCGAAUGCGAGAAAAUUAUUUCUUCUUGGUGCUCUUUGAUGAAAAAAUUAACAAAUGAUAAAAAGGAAAAUACGGGUUAAGGCCUCGUUACUGCUUUGAAAGGCAACUUCAUCAUUCAUAAAGUAGAUUGCUUAGAAUAUAUCUCAAUCGUUAUGGAACAGCAGGCCAGUUUGAUCGCUCGGAUAUUCGAGAUUAUUAUUAAUUUAUAAUAUUUCGCUAUUUCUGAUUGGCUCAAAUCCCACGGCUUAUUCUUCAUAUUAACCAUUCGGCGUUGACCAAAUUUGAAGGAAGUGAGCAAUAUACUAUCGAUAUGAUGGUUUAUUGUCCGAGUAGACUCGUUUCCAGGCAAAUGUCUAAUCGAUCAAUGAACCUCGUUUCUAGGCGCGGCAGCCUAGCUGUUUUUUCCAGCGUGACCUGGAAAAAAAAGAGUGUCUAAAACUCCCGAAAACUGACUAAAACUGAUUAACUGAAGAAGUGUAAGAAUACGCAAAACAUAUUGCAAUUUGUUCGAUGCAUGUUUUCUACUUUUGAGGACUAUCUGCAACAAAAAAAUCCGUUUAUAUCCUGAAACGGUGCCGAGAAAAAGGCCAAAGGUUUGAAAAAAGUCUACGAGGAGGUAAGCUUGUUGACAACUUAGAGAUAUUUUAAACUUCAAAAACUCAUUUAUAAUUCAUAAAGAAAAAACGAAAGGAAAUAAUGUUUAAUGAGUGUCUAUAUCUGAUAAAGACACGGCUUAACUUAACGUCCAAUGUUUUAGACCACAAUAACCCCAAAACUAAAUAUUACUGCAAGAAUGAGUUGAUCUAUAUAAGAGAUUUUGACUCCGGUGAAAAAACUCGCAGUCGGGUAUUAUCAGGUUUAAAAACUCUCGGCUUUGCCUCGAGUUUUUAAACCUGAUAAUAAACUCCUACUCGUUUUUGAAACAGUACUUUCCUAUGAUCUGAAGAAUUAUGCUGAUCUCGGAGGCUGUUAUCCAUCUAGGCCAGACGCGUACCCAGUCGCUAUUUAUGUGUUUUGGCGGUGAGAGAAGAUUGGGGGUUCGGUUGAGGCGCGCGCCGGGUUUCAUGGGAAGGGACGAUGGAAAAAUAGCGUCGCUAUUUUCCCUUCGUCCCUUCCCCCAAUCUUCUCUCACCCCCAAAACACAUAAAUAGCGACUGGGUACGAGUCUGCAUCUAGGCCAAACAUUCACCUCUAUCUUCAUAAUUUUUCACAUCAAUCUCAGCCUCGUUCAAUGAAAUGUUAAUUUCUCUGUUUAUUUGAUUCCAGACUAUGAUGAAUGGAACGCACCCUUAAUUAGUAAAUGUGUUUUGCUCACCGCUAAGACGUAUGCUUGUUUCUAGGUCCGAUUUUGCCAGAAUCCCUUGAUUUGAGAAGAAUCUCCUUUUCGCAAGCAAGACAGCUUACCAUUGCCUUGACUGGUAUGCAUUUUAGAAUCAAAUCAACAUCUUUGAGUCUGAUAGCCCAUUUUGAUUUCAGGUCCUUAACUAACGUAAACAUGUUUGUAACGAAUCAGAUAAACUGCUGAGAACUAAACUGGUUGUUGUUUUUUUAAGGCCAGAGAAGGUGCUCGUGAUCUACUCAGCUAUUUUAUAUAUGGAGUUAUUCCUCGCGGAGCGAAAUUUUUUAUUUUGUCGCGCGUGGAUCAUAGCGACCUGCAAACUUGGGUUGCUCAUAUAUAUUUCUAGUCUUUCUAUGUAAUAACAUGUUUAUAUCCAAUGGUGUCCGCAGUCUUAUGAAGUCAUAAGCGGGCGUUUUGGAGAUUAAGUUCGACGGCAAAAUUUUUUUAAAGAGAUCUUUGAAACAAUUUGGAUUGGUAUUUUCAUAAUAAGCGAAAACGAAAUAAAAGGAAGAACCAGUUUCUCAUCACGACCGGCAGGGCUUCGCUCGAGCGCAACACCGAGUUUCCAAGAUACGUAUUUCCUGUGUUUGGGUUCAUCUGUUGCAUAUGCGUAUAAGCCGUCGCAUUUGUCCGUUGGAGUUUAAACUUGAGUAGUACAGUAGCUCUUCCAGACCUUUAUUUUCAAUGACCUAAAUAAGUAAGUAGCUUCUUUUGUUUUUAGGGCUAGGGGUAUUGUUUGUGUUGAAUCAUCUAUAUUGUUUCGUUCUUCAAUCACAGCCCCUCUCUGGAGAGCUACUGAUCUUCUCUUAAGUUUAAACGGACACGCGGAACGGCAUUUCGCAUAGGAUGCACUAGAAAAGAAAAAAAUACCAACUUUAUUUCAAUGUUAAUGUAUUUAGCACUGAAGUACAAGUCGAGAACUCUAUUUUAAGACUUUUUACGGGUCGUGUUGGAGACAGUACGGGCACAAAAACUUGAUCUGAUCACCGCAAAAUUCUUGCUGUCUGUAAGAUAGAGGCCUUCUUCUUCAGUUAUUUUAGACCUACAGUAUUGGUCCGCUCUCAGGAAUCGAACCUGCCACACCCAUCCUUUUUUGUAGACUGGUGCUUUACCAACUGAGCUUACCCUGCCGAGGUGAGGUUAGGUCAGGGUUAUAGGUUUAUGGUUGGGUUAUUGUUUGGCAGCUUUGCCCUGAAAAGCUUCAUAGUUCUGCGUACGUUACCACUUGAUGACGUUGAUGUUUGUGUUUCUCUUGGUUGUAGUUGCAGGCGACGAAAAGUGGAAAGAUGUUGCUGAGAAACUGGGAUUGAAUCAGGGAGAGAUUUGUUUCCUUGACCAACGUACCACAAAUCCAGCUGAAGCUGUCUUAGGCUAUAUCGCACAUCAGCGAUAUCUGUCUGUAGGAGAGCUUUAUGAGCUCUUAUGCGAGUGUGGGUUACCCUUAAUCGCUGAUAAACUGUAAUAUAGUAGAACUGGGUGUGACAGCAGUUGUUGCAUUUAUACAGUCAAAUGCUUUAUAAAAUUAAUAGUG